UUUCUGAAUUUGAAUUUAUUUAUUGUUAAUCUGAUUCAUUGCGUUGGAGUGUGAUUGAUUGUAUGAGGCUAAGAGCAGCAGAUCUAUGAUGGACGCGCACAUUGAGAUUGACAAUAAUGUCUCCUUCAAAGGUCGAAACAAGAAGCUCUCUGAUGACCUCAUCACGCUCUUGCACGGUUCCGAUCCAGUUCGUGUUGAGCUCGCUCGUCUCGAUAAUCAGCUACGAGAGAAAGAUAGAGAGUUAGGGGAGGCUCUUGCGGAAAUUAAGUCAUUGAGGAACUCAGAGCGUCUUAAAGAAAGGGGAGUUGAAGAGCUAGCAGAUGAGCUGAACAAGGUGGAUGAAAAGCUAAAAGCAACUGAAGCUCUUCUGGAAAGUAAGAACCUUGAAAUAAAAAAAAUCAGUGAUGAGAAAAAGGCAGCUCUGGCUGCGCAAUUUGCAGCUGAAGCAACACUUAGAAGGGUCCAUGCUGCUCAGAAAGAUGAUGAAAUGCCUCCAAUUGAAGCCAUUAUCACUCCAUUGGAGGCAGAGCUCAAGCUGGCUAGAAUGGAGGUGGCAAAGUUGCAGGAUGACAAUAGAGCACUAGAUCGGCUGACUAAAUCAAAGGAGGCUGCACUUCUAGAGGCUGAGAGAACUGUUCAGAUUGCUUUGGCCAAAGCAUCCUUGGUUGAUAAUCUGCAAAACAAAAACCAAGAGCUAAUGAAACAGAUUGAUAUAUGCCAGGAGGAGAACAAAAUUCUGGACAAAAUGCAUAGACAAAAGGUUGCUGAAGUUGAAAAGCUAACCCAAACUGUUCGUGAGCUUGAAGAGGCUGUCUUGGCUGGUGGUGCUGCUGCUAAUGCUGUCCGUGAUUACCAGCGGAAAGUGCAAGAGAUGAAUGAAGAGAGGAAAAUUUUGGCGCGGGAAGUAGCUCGUGCUAAAGUUUCUGCAAACAGGGUUGCCACCGUAGUUGCAAAUGACUGGAAAGAUGCUAAUGACAAAGUGAUGCCUGUAAAACAGUGGCUAGAAGAAAGAAAGCUUUUUCAGGGUGAAAUGCAACAACUACGAGAUAAACUGGCUGUAGCUGAGCGUACUGCAAAAGCGGAAGCACAAAUGAAGGAAAAAUAUCAAUUGCGCUUCAAAGUUUUGGAAGAAAGGAUUAAAACGUCUAAUGGUAGUUCCAAAAUCACUACUUCAGAUGGAAGAAACAUGGCUAGUGGGCCUUCACGGCGUCAGUCUUUUGGUGGAGCUGAGAGUCUCUCUGGAUCUUACUCCAAUGGAUAUCUAUCAAAGAAAAGUUCAAGUUCAAAAUCUGGGUCUCUACGAUCAAAUAGUGCUAGUAUGUUAGUAAAGCAUGCUAAACAUUCAUCUAGAUCAUUUGAUGGUGGUAGUAGAUCCCUGGAGAGAGGGAGGCCAUCUUCAGUUGCAAAUGGGCAAGAUAAAAUGCCAAUCAACACUAAUGAUAAGACCACUGAGGCAAUUACUACACACGCUAAGAGUGCAAAUGGUAUUCCAAUUGAAAAAUUCAGAGCAGAAAAUGAAGACAAUGUUUCAGGAAUGCUGUAUGACAUGUUGCAAAAAGAGGUUAUAUCUCUGAGGAAAGCUUGUCAUGAAAAGGAUCGGACCCUUAAUGACAAGGACGAUGCAAUAGAGAUGUUGGCAAAGAAGGUUGAUACUUUGAAUAAAGCUAUGGAAGUUGAAGGCAAAAAAAUGCGUAGGGAAGUAGCAGCCAUGGAAAAAGAGGUUUCUGCUAUGCGGGUUAGCAAGGAGCAUGAUCAUAGGGCACGACGAGCUAGUGCUCCUCGGGGGGCUGUGCAUAGUUCUCAGUCAGUUUCUGCCAGGAGUGCACGUAACUUUUAAACAAAUUCAUUUCGUUGUGAGCGUGAGCUGAAAAAAGGUAUCUCUUUUAAUUCUUCUCCUGUGCUGAAUAGGAUUGAUGAUUUAUAAUUUUUUAUUCUAUGUUCUCCUUUCUCCUGUAUUUUAAGCUGUUUAGCUGUCUCGGCCAGGGGUAGUGUGUAAAGAAGGGACCUUGGUUUUCCCGGA